AUGGAAACCAAGGUGACAUCCUACCAUGUGACAAACCACAGGGCAAGGAUUAUUGGGGAUGACAAUGAUGAGGAACUUCUGAGUCCAAGCAACCUCCUUGAAAUGUUACGCGAGGGGACCAAGGAGUCCCAUAACAGAUUAAUGGAAGAUUGCCAGUACCUCAAAGAUUUCUUCAGAGGCUGCAUCAGAAGGGAGCUAUUUAAGAGAGCUGCAGCAGCUCUGUACUUUGUCUACACGGCCAUAGAGGAGGAGAUGGAAAAGAACAACAAUCACCCUCACAUCUCGCCAGUCUAUUUCCCUGCAGAGCUUCACAGGCAGGAGGCCCUGGCCCAGGAUCUCGAGUAUUUCUACGGAGAGGACUGGAAGAGCCAGAUCAGCAUCUCUCCAGGCAUCAAGCCCUGCUUGGACCGCAUCAAGGAGGUGGGAGAGAAGGACCCGGUCCUGCUCGUGGCCCACGCCUGUUCCCGCUACAUGGGUGACCUCGCAGGGGCACAGUUCGCCAGGAGAGUGGCCCAGAAGGCACUGAAGCUCCCCUCCACCGGCGAGGGGCUCAACUUCUACCAGUUUGAGAACAUCCACAGUCUCAACAGCUUCAAGCGGCUUUUCCACAGCAGGAUGAACAAGCUGGAACUGGACACUGAGACAAAACAGAGGAUCGUGGACGAGUCCAACCGAUUGUUUGUCUUUGACAUGAUGAUGUUCACAGAGCUUGAAGAGAUUGGGAAGACCAUCGAGGAGGACGUUCAAGAGCCAGGUCUUGGACACAGUCAUGCAGACAUUAUUCAGGGUGGUGAUAUCAAAAAGUUUCCUAACCAUGUUCCAGCCACCAGUGGAAAUCUUCCCCAUGUGUGUCAGUGUGUCAUGAUGCUUCUCAGACAUCCACGCUGUCAGGUGGCUCUGGCUGCCUGUGUGGCCGUCCUCGCUGGGUUCACUGCCUGGUACCUUCUGUGA